CGCAGCAGAAUUUUUAACUGACCGGAGUUCAACUGAAAAACUGAAGAAAAAACCAAGUCCAUUUUGAAUCUGUGCAGAAAAAUAAACCCAGAGAAGAAGCGAAGAGUCCAGGUCCAUCCGGCGAAGGACGGACUGGAAAUCUGACCACCGUGGCUUCUUUUUUCUUCUCCUGUUGGAUUUAACUCAAACCAGAUGGUCCGCCUGCCAGACUCCACCGCCAGACUGGUUGUUUUUAACCUCUCCCCGACGCCACCGAACUUCGUGUGUGUUUUUCGUCUAGUUGUAACCCUCGACUUUCAACGGAAAAUGCGUGGUUGUAGCUCUGUUUAAUGGGUCUUUUGGGCUUUUCCCCGUUCUUCUGAGGGUCCCGUUAGGAUUCCAGUUUUAGUUUGACUUUUCAUCAGCUGACAGGACGUGGGUUUUUUCUGCUCAGACGGGGAUCAAAACGAAGACGCAGCACUAGGUCGUAGUGCGGUGUUGCGCACUCUGGAUUUAGGAGGAUUCUUGGGAAAUCAUCCAGGAGAAUCAUCUGCCUUUGAAGUGUCAUGGCCAUCUUUAAACCCACAUGAUCUCACCAAGGGAGGCAGAGGAUGAAGCUCAGCCGCUUUGAAGCGCCGUGCGUUUUGGCCGCUCUUCUUCUUUUUGGGUCUCCGCGGCGCACAGAGCGUCCGACUCAAAAUUAGGGAGUUUUAAACUGUGAUUCGUUAUUGAUGAGAGGUCCUUGGAUUUAAAGCAUGACUUAAUACCUUCCCGUACUCUCACGAAUCCACUAGUAUCUUCGGCAUAAAUAUAAUUCAUCAGAAUGAUCUCUAUUUAGAUAAAACAGUCACAUUUACCAAACUUUCCAACAACCGAUAUGCACUCAUGUUUGGGGGGUAGCAGUAUAUCGCCGAACGUAACUGAAAAUGAGUCUAUUUUAAAAUGUGUCUGGUUAUCGAUAAACGUUCUUGGGGUUAAUGGCACGAGUUAAUAGCCUGCCCUUUCAGACUCCCUCGGGUCCACUAGUAAAGUUGGGAUAAAUAUGAUUCAACAAAACUUAUUUUAAUUUUAGUGACACGCUCGCUUUUACCACAUUUUCUAACAGUCCCGAUGCAUUCAUGUUAAGGUGGACAACGGGCCGAACCUCACUUAAAAUCAUCAGGCUCUGAGGACUGAGAUGAAGCGGAUGAAGACGAAGAUACAAAGGGAAACCCUCGGGGAUGUAAAGUGAAGGUUUUUCCUCUCAUGCGGUGCCUCCUGGCUUCAGCCGGCGGACGUCUCCUGAGGGACUCCGGGAUGCUGCUGCGCCGCCGGUCCUGCUCCGGCCCGCUGCUGCUGCUGCUCGGGGUGGCGGUGUGUCUCUUUUACCAGACCCUGAUGGUGGCCCGGAACCGCCUCCGGUCCGGACAUCAGCUACCCGCCGCUGAUGUUCGCAGCAGGAAAUCUUCAGAUCAGGUCCUGGUGGAGAAGACCAGAAGGUUUAUUUCUAUUCUGGAAACUUUACAGAGAGAGACUCAGGUCCAGGUGUGGUCUCAGAAACCCCCGCGGCGUCGUUGGGCAGUGGUUCUGACGGGUCGACACUUGGUCUCUGACACUGAGGUCCAGCUGUACCAGCAGGUUCUGCAGCAGAUGGGCUACGAAGUCCAGAUGUCCAGAUACGCCGAGACCAGUAGCUUCCUCAGAACAAACCAGGGUGUGAGUGGGUGGAGCCUGUUGCUGUGUCUCAGUAGUUCAGAGCGGAGCUGUCUGAGGAGAAUCUCCUUCGCUAACCUGCAGCCUCAUCAGACGGUGAACCUGAUUCCUGGGCUGAUGGAGGCCUUCUCUGAUGCAGGUGGAGGUCUCUGUCACUUCUACGUUCACUCACACCUGACAGGAUCAGAUUUACCCAUGAAGCCAUACUCCUGUGCAUCGACCGGUCAGAAGCUGCAGAUUCCUCAGGACAGUCGGUCACCUGUCGGAGCCGCGCCCCCUGGUCUGCUAGCCGUGGUGAAUGUUUACGUCCUGGUGACCUCAGUCAGACCGCUGACAUCAUUCCUGCAUGACAUCAGCGUGGUGACGACCAAUCGGGAGGUGAAGGGACAACCCACGAAGCUCAGGGACUUCCUGCUGCAGCAGCUGGGACCAAUGAGCUCCCAUCAGGCUUUGAGGCAGAUGAAGCAGGUGAUAGGUGAAGUGCUGCAGGCCGUAGUGUCGACCGACGCGAAGAAACAAGCAGGCAACAGGUGUGUGUUGUGUUACCAGCUGCUCACCUUCGCUCUGCUGUUCAGUGGCUCCAUCACACCUGUUGUGGUCCAGGUGGACACUGAUUUAACAUUUUCUGCUCUGAGUGAAGACUCGUUUGACGGACAGAUCACCAAAGACCUGAUCCUGGAGGACACUCUGCACUUCCUGCUGACAACACACACACACCUGUCCUCAGAGACACAGACAGAGGGGAGACAGUACGGUGGCUGCAGAGGGACACACGGCCUGUGUUUGUCAAAGGAUGAGUUUCUUCUUCUGCUUCAGUUUCAGCGACAGAUGACGAUGCCCUCAGCCUUUCAACUGCUGUAUCCCAGCACCUCCUCCUGCUCCACCUCCGGUCCUCUGAGCGUCUCUGAUCUCCUGAUCAGGAUCAGCCGUUACUACGAGCUCCAGAGAAACCUCAGCUCCAGAAGUGAUGAGACAGAGGCUUUGGCCAAUCAGGAGUCAGCUGUGUCCUCUUCACAGGAAGGAGCUGCAGGUAAAGGUCCCUGUGUGGACCCCCACCUGAGACAGAUCUACACCGACCCCCCCCUCACCCUGACUCCCCCCUUCAACCCCUGGGUGAAAGAGUACCAUGCCGAGGUGACCUUUGACACGGUGACAGUUCGAAUCCGGCCGGAGCCCUUCAGCUCGGCUUGCCGGGUCCACCUGGACGAGCACCGAGGACCCAGGAUGGCGAACUACCCAGUCGGUCUGGGCAACAGCAGGAUCAGCAUCCUGGUGACGGAUGACGCCGACCGUCAUGAGCCCGUCGUCAUGACGAUCUACACCGUCCACAUGUACCGCGAGAGCCGACCAAGCCUGCCCAUGUUUGGAGAUCAUGUGAUAUGCAGCUUUGUGCAGGACUGCGGUCUGCUGGUUCGGCCGAGUCGGUCCUGCGGUCUUCAGCCCUUCAUCGGGUCUCAGAGUCCACUUCGGACCUGCAGCUCAGGACAUGUGUCAGGUCAGUGGGUGGUUCCGUGUCUCAGCUGUUCUGACAACAGGACGUGUGAUUGGAGGGAGGUUGCCUGGCAACCAGAUGGCUGUUACCACCUGUUAGUGGACCGCCCCCUGCUGCAGGACUGUAUGACGGAUAGGAAGGUGUUGUUUAUUGGCGACUCGACCAAUCGUGGGAUGAUGUACUUCCUGAUGGAGCGGGUGAACUCCAGUCUGGAGGACUGGGGGAAAGCUCAUGACACGCUGGUCUACGGAAACCUGAACGGGGGACGGACUCUGGUCAGCUACUCGUAUUAUCCUCAGUUCUGGUUGGAGAAGAAGCAGAGGCCGACAUUCAGGCAGGCGCUGCUGCAGCUCCUCGACAGGUCGCGGCCUCUGGCAAACUCUAACCUGACGGUGCUGGUGGUGGGUGGAGUCCAGUGGCUCAACACCAAUCACCUGAGCACAGUCAGAGAGGUGCUGGACAGAGAGUCUCUCAGUAACAUCCUGGUGGUGGUGAAGUCUUUGGGGAUGGGCUUCCAUCUUCCUGUGGACGGGAUCAGAUCUCUCAGUCUGAGAGAAAUCCAAGAUCUCGACAAAGAGAACAACAACAUCAUCUCCGCAGCAGAGCAUCAUGGAUACGAGGCCAUCGACACGUUCAGCGUCACGAUGGGUCGAUACAAAGAGUUCCUGCAGGGACGAUGUGCCUGCCACUUUCAUGAGGUGGAGAAAUUUUGCUCCUCCAGGCCUCCAGACGACACAACGUCCACCACCAACAGAACCUGUUCCUUCAGACCUGGACUCAGCAGCCAAUCAGCCGUGCAGGACAAGGACCGGGAGGCGGGGCCCGACGCCUUGACCUAUCAUGUGAGAGGACCAGUGAACCAGGUGUACUCUGAGAUCCUGCUGAGCCGCCUGUGUCCCAAAACCAGAAACUAAACAUCAGAGUGUGAGUGUGAGUGUGAGUGUGAGUGUGAGUGUGAGUGUGAGUGUGAGUGUGAGUGUGAGUGUCAGGCCGUAACAGGUGAGGCCUGUAGAAAGACUCACCUGUAUUUUGAAGCUGGGUGGAGGGAGGAUGGAUAAAGGAAACAGAGGAGGAGAAAAGACAAAUAAUGAGGAAAGUAAAAGAAAAAGAGAGAAACUUUUUUAAAACUCCACUUUCCACUUUUCUUCUUCUGGACACAGAGGUAUGGUUCUUCUUUAUUUUCGCAGGAUCACACUUUUAUUUUGUGAUUCCACCACCAACAAACCCUUGAAGUGACAAACAAAAAUAAAAUAAAUAUCAAAUUCUCAGAGUUUUUUGAGAGUCCAGGGAAAGACGUAUCUGAACCAAUUACUGACAUACAACAGAUCAUCAAGCUCAAAUACAAAGUGAAGUCCAGUUUGUGAAGCUUUUAGUGAGCGCCAGCUACUUUCCAAUGACCUCCAGUGAUGUUCUGCUCGGCAGUUGAUUUCUAAUGAGCACCUGCCAGGUGGGCUUCACAUGCACCCAGCUACGUUCUACUGUGCAUCUGCUAUUUCCUAAUCUGUGCCUCCAAGUAAACGCCCAGCAACUAGUCUUACCACACACCGGCUGGUCCCUGAUGCAUGCUGACUAGCUUCUGACGUCCAACAGGUUUUUCCACAUCUGUGCUCAGCCGAAGCUCCUCUGUCAUGUCAGAAGUGAAUAUCCGAUAUUUAAUCAAACACUAAUAUUCCCCUGAUAUUGAUCGGCCUGACCAGCCUCUCUGUCUCUCAGCGUCUCCUCCGUAUCUAUUUAUAUUUCUACAUACCUCAGUCAUCGACCUUAUUGUGUAUAUGAGCUAAUAUCCAAAGCCAAAGACUCGGUGAUAACUGUGUUUAUCAUGUGAAAGAAAUGUCUUAGAUUUGAUUCUCUGCUUAUAUUUUCUAUAUAUUUUUCUACAGAUGUUUAUUGUGCCUUUAUCUCUAAACAUGUUUACAUGCUGGAAAAAGAUUAUAUGAAUAUUUAUGUGAAUGUUAUCAUUUCUCUCUGCUCUCUAAAGUAUGAAAACGUUUAACACAUUUGAUCAUUAACAAAUGCGACUGUGAAGACAUGAAAUCUGUCUUUUUUAUUUGUCUAUGAGUUUUAAACUUUCACCUCCGUCCUGUUUAAUACAUGAAUGUUGAAGAAUCACCUCAAUUUAUAAUCUGUUGUUUCCUCUUUCUAAACUUUCACUCGUUCACUUUUUACUAAUAAAA